AAGGACUGUCCAGCUGUUGAAACCUCCACCUCGCGGACUGAUCGGAUCAUCGGGCUGCAGCAGCUGUCAUGGAUCUGAAAGAGCGCCGGCACCGUACACUGACCCACGGCCGCUGCGGGAAAGAUUUCCAGUUCACCACCUCCUCCUUGGACAGCGACGAAUGCCGCGUACCCACCCAGAAAUCCUACAGCUCCAGCGAGACCCUGAAGGCUUUUGAUCAUGAGUCACGCCUGCAUUAUGGGGGAUGUGUGACUGACCUGGUGCAUCAUGAAGCAGAUGAGUUCACCAGACAACGAGAGUACAUGGAUCUCUCCCCAUUCCUGAGCUACUUCAUGUCAGGGAACUUUACUCUAGCUGAGCUGGGCAUUUGUGAACCAGCCCCGCAUCAGAAUGCAUACUGCCCAGACAUCGGCCUGUUACAGCACGGCUACUCUCUGAGCGCCGGCUCAGACGCAGACUCCGACCCAGAGGGCCCGAUUUCACCUGAGCGAGCCAUCCAGCUGUGGGCCGGCCAUGAGAUCAAGUCCCGCCGCAGCUCUGGCCUCUCCAGCCGGGAGAACUCAGCUCUCACCCUCACCGACUCCGAGAACGAGAACAAGUCUGAUGACGAAUCAGCGCCGUCUUCGGUUUUUACGGCAUGGGAAACGCGUGGGCACAGCAAGUGCCAGUCACCAGAUCGCAUGUCUGUGUGCUCCGACAGCAGUGGACUUAAGCUGGACACCGUCUCUCAGUGUGACACCGUGGCUCAUUCUCGCUGAAAUCCCAAUUAAACAACGCCCAGGCUGUGCCUGAUAAUCUGUGCAGGAUGUGUGAGUCACAGAGGAACCAUCUAUGGUAAAUUAAAACACUUUUUAAAAGCUUAAUAAAGUUUUGCCUUGC